AUCGAUAUCUUUAUUCUCAGUCUAAUUAUCAGCACCGUGAUGUCUGUGGUUUAGCGGGAGCGCGCUUGUCGCGCGGUCAAGUGCAUGAGGCUGUUAUUUCACGACUGAAGCCUAUUGAUUCGAUGAAGAUGGCGAUGUGUGCGGCGCUCCGAUGCGUUUCGGCAAACUUUUCGGCAGCAUUGCCCCUGCUCACGAGACCUGCACGUAUCUGGACGUGCCAAAAUUCGCUACGGCCAAACGUUUUAAGGACGCUUUCCACGAGCUCGCGGCUCUCGGGAGCUCUGAAGUUUACAGACAAACACGAAUGGGUGAGAGUGGAGGGGAGUGUGGGCACGGUUGGCAUCAGCAACUUUGCUCAGGAAGCGUUAGGUGAUGUGGUAUACUGUGGGCUUCCAGAAGUGGGAACAAAGCUUGAACAAAUGGAGGAGUUCGGUGCUUUAGAAAGCGUCAAAGCUGCUAGUGAGUUGUAUUCUCCACUGACUGGAGAAGUGACCGAAAUCAACACAAAUCUGACAGAUAACCCGGGACUAGUAAAUAAAGCCUGCUAUGAAGAUGGAUGGUUAAUUAAGAUGACCAUAGAGAAACCUGCAGAACUUGACCAACUCAUGGAUGAAGCUGCUUAUGAAAAAUUCAUAAAAUCCCUCGAUUCAUAAA